AUGGAUUACCUAUUCUUGAGGAAAAACGGCAUCAUUGAGCCAGCACAAGACAUGGAUCCUUAUCCCUGGAUAAUCUGGUAUAUCUGGAAGGCUAGGAAUGACAAGCUCUUCAGGGGGAUAGACAGAGACCCAUUAGAGCUGGUUAGAUAUGCAGAAAGUGAAUACCAAGCCUGGUUUGAUGCGAAUGAAGUGCCACAACCAGUGAUACAGGAAAACAAUACCGAGGAACCCCAAGUCUUAAGCUUGGCGGAUGUGGAUGAGUUUGGAUGGACAGUGGUGGGAACAUACAGCUUAUGGGGACCAGAAAUAUCACUCGACGUGAAUCAGCCCUGCAUUCGGAACUAG